AUGCGGAAAUACAACGACAGUGAUUGCAAUAUCUGCCCUUCCAUUGCCUCGGAACUGGACUUGAGCAGCCUACUCAUUGAAGACUCUAUUCCAACGACAAUUGGUAACGAUGAAAGCAAUGGCAGCUUCUCAACCGUUGAUACCAACAAUCUUUUCCUUCUCGCUGGUGAAUCCAGCUUCAGCAGUUUAAACGUUGAGGUAUCGGUACCAAGGAGCAUUAAACAAAAGUCUCGGGCAGGGACCACACGGAAACCCGAGAGUAAGAUCUCCUCAUCCUCGUCGACCCACAGCAGACGAAGCCGCAAAAGCAACCACAAUUCGUCCCCUGACAAGUACGAUCAGGUUGGGACGACUCGCAGGGAAACAAGGAGAGAAGCUUCCUUUGAAGAAGGCACUGACAAACGGCAGCAAUUGCGCCGUUCUUGCGAAAAUUUGAGCUUGAUAUGGUAA